AUGGCGGCAGAACACAUGAGCCAUGACGAGUUCUUCGCCAAGCUGGGUGAACUCUUUGACCAUCGCAAAGGCAAGGACCAUGGUGCCAUCUACCUAGUCCAGAAGCGCGUAACGUACGGCCAGGGCGUACCUGUCCCCUCAGAUGAGAACCCUGUGCCAGAUCUUCGCCCCAGCAAGCCGCUACCCGUCCUCAUCCGCGCAUCGAACGGAAAGGGCAGCAGGGGGAAACCCAACAAGAUCAAGUUAUCGACAGUGGUACAGCCUGACGCCCUCGAGGCCUUCUACGCACGGUAUGCAGACGUGUGCAAGGCAGGAAUGACGGCGUUGAAGCCUAGGGACCGGAGCAAGAACAAGGCGAAGCUCAAGAAGAAGAAGAAGGCCGCAGCUUAA